AUGAUGCGUAACAUAGGGGGAAUGAUCAAGAGGGGACUAGCUGAAGUUAAAUACGCCGAAUGGUCUAAGGAAGAGCUCAUCAAACGCAUCGAACAAUUGGAGAACGGGGUUGGCUCCGUUGAGACAUCGCGUCACACUAGCUCCACUCAGGUUCAUUUGAAACCAGAUACCUCUGCUCCGACCCCGAAGAAGGCUAAGAAGCAAUUUGCAUUCCAUGAACAGCAUCAAAGGUUUAUUGCCAUCAAAUUUGCGUAUCUUGGAUGGAACUAUAGUGGUUUGGCGUACCAAUAUGAGCCAACGCCCCUUCCUACAGUCGAACAAUGCAUCGUUGAAGCACUUGCCAAAGCCAAAUUGAUCGAAAAAGCUGAUCCUGAUUGCUGUGGAUUUAGUCGAUGUGGUCGAACGGAUAGAGGUGUUUCAGCCAUGAAUCAGGUAAUUUCGCUUAGGGUGAGAUCGCAGCUUUCUCCAGAAGCUCAACAGAAGCAAACUAAUGAUGACAAAGAGCUACCUUACAUGCUGAUACUCAAUCUGAUGCUUCCCACGGAUAUACGAGUAACAGCAAUUUGUUUGCGACCUCCCAAAGACUUUGACGCUCGCUUCCUGUGUUUGUAUCGACACUACCGCUACUUUUUUUUCUCUGAAGGGUUAGAUAUCGAUUUGAUGAAACAAGGUGCCAAGUUUUAUGAGGGUGUUCAUGAUUUCCGUAAUUUCUGCAAACUUGAUGGAUCAAAACAAAUCACGAACUUCAUGCGAGAGGUGCACGGCGCAUCUAUUUGUCAUCUCAAGGAUGACAUCUGGUACCUUGACCUUAAAGGUCUGGCUUUCUUAUGGCAUCAGGUGCGGUGCAUGAUGGCUAUUCUUUUCAUGGUUGGCCAAAAGCUUGAAGAGCCCUCCAUUGUGACCGCAAUGUUGGAUAUUCUGAAAUACCCGGCACGUCCUGUCUAUGAAAUGGCAAACGAUAUACCAUUGGUUCUUUAUAAUUGCCAUUACCCUCAAAUGGAGUGGAUUGAAAGUGAUCUGAGAGCUCCCAAGUUCUAUGCUCAGUUUCGAGGGAUGCUCAGCGACUAUCGACUCAAACUGAACAUGGCUAAACUCAUGGAUGAAUGGUAUAUUGGCGGACUGUUCCAACAGAACACUACGAUUCAUGGUGGAUCUGUGAAUGUUGGAGACGGAUGUGGAAGAAAAUUCAAAAAGUAUACCCCACUCGCCGAGCGAAAGGUGGGGGAAACACCAGAUGUCGUGAAUCAGAGGUAUCUUGAGCGGAAAGCACGCAAAGAACAGCCAAUCGAUGAACCGACCGUCUGA